AUGGAUCGUACGAGGAAGCGAGAGCUUCGAGCUCUUAAUGUAAAGGCCUGGGAUGGCGACACGGGCCUUAUCAAUAUCAGCGGCUCGCUUGACUCGUCUCUCAAGAAAAAUACUGCAUUUAUAAAAAGGCUUCGAACUGCCAUUAGCGCUGCGACCCUCUCGACCUUUUUGCAAGAGAUUCGAACCUUAAGCUUGCAUAAAUAUCUUUCCGAGAUCAUAUCUGCCUGCUAUGAAGGACUCUGUAGACUUAAAGCUCCAGGAGAGAUCGAGGCAGCGGUCGAGAUUGUGAGCGCGCUCCAUCAACGGUUUGGCCCUACCGAGUUCACCGAAUACCUUACCUGGCUACUUGGCAAGGGCAUGGCCACGCCUGAUAAGAGCAUUCUCAAAAGUUUGCCGGCAGAGGCGCGCGAGAAAGAGGAGAAGGAGCGCAUUAUCCGACAGCGUGCUCUUCUCAGGGUGAUUACGGAACUCUGGCUUGUUGGUGUGCUAAGGACGCUUGACGAUGCAAGCAAACCGGAUGAUGCUACUAAAGGCGCUAUUGGUAAAGCUCCAGAGCUGAAGACCCGGAGUAGCUCCAAAGUUGGUGGCUCUGCGGACCCGUUCCCCCUCGAAGUCUUGAAAGACUUGCUCGGUUAUGAUAGGGAGCACGCUAAUUUGCCGCUGCUUGUCAUCUUCGUCAAAGCAUUUAGCUGGGACAUUCUGGGGAUCCGAACCACUACGCCUGAAAGCCGCAAGCCUGGAGAUGAGGACAGUCUACCAGUCGCUGAAGAUCCAAGGGACCCUUCCGCCGAAGGCCAGCCGUUUACUCCUCCCGAACUAGCGGACAAGUUCAAAGAAAUCUUGAAAAAGUACUUCGACGAUGUUGCAAAUCAUAUUGUCCGCGACCAAAAAUCCAUCCAUCUCCAAGCACGGCGCAACGCGGAGGCCUAUGUCAAGUCUGGAGAGGUCUUUGAAGAUAGGCAAGCUAACUACGAGAAACAAGUCAAAGCUCAAGAUAGGCUGGUCGCGAAUGCCCAAGUAAUAGCAGACGCCAUUGGCGCAGAAAUGCCCAACCUCAAGGACUCCAAUGAUCCUCUUGCAGCUUCAAACAACUCUAUAGGCUUGGUCAAGACUGGCGACUACCUGCGAUCUAUGGCAGAUGGCGCUGGCAUUUGGGAAGAUGAAGAUGAACGCCGGUUCUACGAAAAUUUAGUGGACCUCAAGGGAAAGAUUCCGGCUAUUCUUUUGGAAGAUGGCAAAAAGAAGAAGACAGAGACUGAAGAGCAGCCUGUCAAGAAGCCAGACUCUGCCGAAAGUUCGGAACCUACAAAGGCUCCGGAACCCAUUGAUGAUCAAUCAAUGGCAAUUGCUAAUAAGACCAUUGGAGCACAGGUAGAUGCCAUCUUGGCUCGUUUGCCAGACCUUACAAAUAAAGAAAUCAUUGACCAGACGGCCAUUGAUUUCUGUUUUCUCAACUCCAAAGCGUCGCGCAACCGACUCGUCAAGGCUCUGACGGAGGUUCCCAAAGGGAGAAGCGAUUUGCUGCCAUCCUGGGCUCGUCUGGUUGCUACCUUGGGUAGGUAUAUGCCAGACGUGCCCAAAGGGUUGGUCGAUUAUCUGGAUGCGGAGUUUCGUAGUCUACAGCGACGCAAAGAAAAGGACUUUUUGGGCCAAGUUCGGUUGAGCAAUAUUCGGUAUUUGGCUGAGCUUACAAAAUUUGGAGUAGUCCCUGAGCAUGUGGUUUUCCACUGCCUCAAGGUCAGCCUUGAUGACUUUUCUCGGAUGAACAUUGAGAUCUUGUGCAAUUUAAUUGAAAAUUGCGGCCGGUAUCUCCUCAGGAACCCUGAAACCGCGCCGAGGAUGGCAAGUUUCCUUGAGACGCUGCAGAGGAAGAAGUCUGUACAGCAUAUUGGCCAGCCAGAGCGGAUGCUCAUUGAUAAUGCGGUGUAUCACGUCGAUCCCCCAGAGCGACCUGCUAUUGAGCAAAAGGAGCGAACUCCAAUGGAGCUCUUUAUCCGAAAGUUGAUCUAUGGAGACAUGACUAAACGGAAUUACAGCAAGAUCUUGAAGCAGAUUCGCAGACUCCAUUGGGAGGAGACAGAGGUUGUUGCCAUUCUAGAAAAAGUAUUUUCUAAACCUGGAAAAGUGAAAUAUGGGAAUAUUCAUCUUCUUGCCAUACUGUUGAGCGCCCUUUACCGGCAUCAUCCGCAUUUUGUGGUUAAAGUCAUUGAUAAUGUCCUAGAGUCUAUUAGUUUCGGACUUGAACAGAAUGACUUUAGGUUUUCCCAGCGCCGUGUUGCUGAAGUCAAGUAUCUCGGCGAGCUCUACAACUAUCGCAUGCUGGAACAUCCAGUUAUUUUUGACACCAUGUACAAAAUCGUCCUCUUUGGAUAUAACGGGCCACCGGUGAUUGGCAAAUACAAUCCUUUUGACCUCGUGGAUGAUCAUUUUCGGAUCCGCCUCAUAUCUAUAAUGUUAGAAACCUGUGGGAUGUUUUUCAAUCGGGGUGCUGCAGGCAAAAAGCUUGACUACUUCCUAUCAUUCUUUCAGUAUUAUGUCCACACGAAAUAUCCCCUGCCCCUAGAUAUCGAGUUUCUUGUGCUUGAUACUUUUGCAUUAACUCGACCCCAGUGGAAAUUUGUGGAGGAUAUUGAGGAAGCGACUAAAGCUUUUCAGCUUGCCAUCUCCCAAGACCAGAAAACUGCAGGUGUUGACAAGGUUGUUGAAGCAGACGACGCUACAAGCGGCCCAUCUUCUGAGGAUGAAAAUGGGGACAUGGACGACGUGGAAGCGGAUGGCGAUGGUGACGAUGAAAGCGCCUCCGAGGAAGAAGAAGAAGCAGAGGAUGGUGAUAAUGGCUCAACUCAUGAAAGCGAGUAUGACGAGGCGAUAAUUGUCACCAGGCAAGAGGAAGUUGUAGAUCCCGAAGACGAGGCCGAAUUUGAGCGAGAAUAUGCGAAAAUGAUGGCGGAAAGCCUCGAAUCCCGCAAGUUCGAACGCAAACAAUUAUUUGAUGUGCCACUUCCUGUGCGAUCUAGAAAUCGUGAGCCAUCGAUGUCAACUGGCUCUGGAGAGACGGGACAGAGCGGCACCAUGGCCUUUUCCCUGAUGACUAAGAGAGGCAAUCGACAACAGACUCGCACCGUUGAACUCCCUUCGGACUCGACGUUUGCAAUUGCUAUGAAGACACAGCAACAGGCAGAAAGAGAGGAGCAGCAACGGAUAAAGAACCUUGUGCUAAAUUACGAUCUCCAACAAAGUGAUGAUCCAGAGGGUAAUGAGCGGCCAACAAUGUUCUAUCAUAACCGGGUAGAAAAACCGAGUAAAGAUCGGGGCCAACGCGUUCGGAAGCUUCAGUUGAGCGAUGUAGACUGGUAA